AUGAUCAAGAUCCGGAGAAAGGUGGAGUGGGCCGUGGUGCUGCUGUUUGUAGUGGUGUUCUUCACGUCGCGGCAUCACGUGUCGCGCAGCAACGGGCCCGCGGCCAACGUUGCGUCCCAGGCGUCGCGUGCCAGCGUCGAGCGCGAGCGCGUGUUUGAGAAGGUGUUCGAGCACCUGGCGGCGGCUGCGCCGCCGCCCGCGCCGCACAGUGUCUCAGAGUUGCGUCCCGACGACUGCCAGAUCCACGACGUGGGUUUGAACCCUGACGCAGACGUGCAGCGCCUGUCGUACGACACGCUCGACCGCUGCUACCAACCCUCGGCCGCGCAGCUCCAGGCGCUGGAGACCGCGCACACGCGGUUCCGGCACGCCGUGGAGUCGGAGCUGGCGCUCGAGGCCGACGCGCCCGUCUUCGACGCGCUUUUCCCGCGCGAGCGCGGGAUCGUGACCGUGGGCGGCGGCAAGUACUCGCUGCUCUCCUAUUCCAUGAUCCGCGUGCUGCGCGAGCACGGGUCGCAAUUGCCGGUUGAGGUGCUGAUCCCGCCCCAGGACGAGGGCGACGACCACUACUGUGACUCUGUGUUGCCCGCGCUCAACGCGCGCUGUGUGUUCAUGCGCGACCUGUUGCCCGCGUCCGUUGCGUCGAACUGGCAUUUCAAGCAAUACCAGAUCAAAUCCGUCGCGUUGCUCUUCUCCAGCUUCAAGAAAAUCAUCUUCAUCGACGCCGACAACUACCCCGUGAAAAACGUGGACCUGCUGUUCGAAAGCGACGUUUUCGCGACCACCGGGCUAGUGCUGUGGCCCGACAUGUGGCGGCGUCUCACGCCGCCUGCGUUCUACCGUCUCGCGCACGUCGAUGUCGACCUCUCGACCCGCGUCCGCCAUCUGGGCGACGACGUGUCGCCAGUGUCGCAGUACCAGAAACCCGACGCGGACGCCGCCUACAACCGGGCGCACGUUCCGCUCCACGACCUCGACGGCACCGUCAGCGACCCCACCUCCGAAACCGGCCAGCUGGUCUUGGACAAAGUGCGCCAUUUUGACACCCUGCUGCUCGCCUUCUACUACAAUUUAUAUGGCCAAGACUGGUACUACUACAUGUUCUCGCAGGGCACGUCGGGCCAGGGCGACAAGGAAACUUUCGCCAUGGCUGCCCACGUGCUCGGGAAGCCUUACUACCAGGUCAAGACCAAGAUCGAUCUCGACGGCUACUGGGCGCCUGACGACUCCGGGUUCAAGGGCGUCGGGUUGCUGCAACACGACGCUUCAGAGGACUACCUUGUGCACGGCCGCGCCGAGGCGUACGUGCGUGAAAACUACGCUACCCUCGCGGAAUACAACCCCGACUACAACGUUGACAAAGUCUUCUACAACGGGUUACUUGUGCCCGAGGGCAAAGACGCAGUCGACGUGAUGUUUGUCCACGCCAGCUACCAUAAGCUCGAACCGUGGGGCCUUUACAAGGAGCGCACUUACAUCGACAACGAUGGCGGUUUCUUCCGCUCUUUCAAAAAAAUUCAUCGUCUGCACGGCUUCGACAUCGAGUUGUUCCAAUUCCAGCUUCUCAACAACGCAGUCUGCUCCGACAAAAAAAUUCAGUUCAAGUAUCUGCAAGAGUAUUUCGAAAAGGAGGAGUGGCCCCGGGUGUGCGAAUACAUAGGCAAGCGACUCCAGUACCUGAUGGACACCCACGAAGAGGCCGUGGCCGAAAAUUGA